UAUAUAUAUAUAUAUAUAUAUACGUUCACAUACACACAUACAUAUACUAGUUGAAUCGUCUAUAUACUUGCCCCCUGCUCCCGGCAUCUUCACCAUGGCAACCAACCAAGUCGAGCGACCAGCCCUCAGCCGCGACUCCCCCUCGCCCGAGACGACGCCCUCUGCGGCCAUAGGUAUGAGGAGGGCCGACUCGAAUCGGGCCCUCUCGUCUACGUCAUCCGUCUCUCGCACCUCGAGCGUUGAGGGGUCAUACAGGAACUCGCUCGGCAGCGAAGCGUACUCUAGACUUUCCUCGGCGAGCUACCAGUCUGGCAAGUCGGACGGUAGUAGCAACCCCUCCCGCUACUCCACCGGCAGUUUUGAUAAACCUCUGAAACGGCGUGGCUAUACGAGGCCCCAAGGGACCGAUUUCGCCGCUAGUGCGAGGCACCGGGAGAGCGUCCUCAGCCUAGGGAGCAUAUCCCACCUCCAAUACUACUUCGCGAGAACGGGGUUAUUGGACGGGAAGGGUGGGCAGCUGGCCAGAAAGAGACACCCGAGGGCUACCCUGGAUCUGUCGCAGCUGGAUGGCACCGCGCUCAGCCCGAAACCCACCGGCUCCGAUGCCGACUCUUCCUACGCCUCGAUGGGCAGCAGCCCGGUCCUGGGCGCGCAGAACUUCGGGGGUAGCAUAGUGGAAUCGCCCGUUGAAGACGAUGAGUUUUAUUACGACGACUUUGAAGAGCCAGACCCGGAUGUCCUGCCACCGACCACAAGCACCUAUAACCAUCGGGAGAAACCGAUCGCGAAGCCGCCCACUAUCGAGGAGCUGAAGGCAGACUUGACAAAGGCCUUGGAUGGUGCGGCGAGAACGUUGGUGGAGACGACGCUGACGUCGGACAAGCUGCCGCCUAAGGACUUUGCUCUCACGGCCCCUACCCAAGGAGGCAAAUCGCCGCAAUCAUGGCACGAAGUUCAAGGAGUGCAGCUGCUCGACGUGAUGACGCUAGCUAUCCGUGCCGCGAAGCUAUAUUACACAGGGCACGAGCACCCGGACCGGUUGGACUCGAUCAAACCCGAAAAGGAAAUCCGCUCCGAGCUACUGUCCGUCAUGGAGGUAUUAAAGCACAUGGCGACCAGAAAUUUCGCUGGCGGCCCUAGGGAUGACGAGCGCAACGUGAUGACCUCCUGGAUCAGCAGCAUACGAUCCAUGCUCAGGAAAGAGGAAGAGAUCGAGAAGGCCGAACGUGCCGAGAGAGCGAGCUGGACGUGGUUUAAAGGCGACUGGUCCGGAGGGGACGUCGAGCGUGAGAUCGCAUUUCUCACUUCGAUCGAUCCCGAGGCCGAGCCGCUGCCCCCGUGGACGCCCGCCAACCAGGCAACGCAGCUGCCGACGCCGUUCCUGGAGAGCCUGCAGAACGGGCUUCGCCUCAUCAAACUCCACAAUUCAGCGGUCAAAAAGUCACGGAGGCGGUUCGGCGCCAUCGGGACCUUCCACGCGGACACACAAAAGCCCUACCGGUCCGCUGACAACCUGAGGUACUGGAUCAAGGCCGCCGAGCUGCGAUGGGAGGUGAUGCUGAAGGUGGACGUUAUGGGUGUGGUUUACAAUAACAACCCCCAGGUGUGGGUGAACUUCGAAGCGGCAAUCUGGCAGUGGUGCCGAAAGGUGCGGGAGGAGAUGACGGUCGACUGGACGAGCGAACAGCGCCACCGCACCGCGUAGAAGGGGGUCUGAAGCUUUUUUUGUUUUUGUUACGAGUAUAUGCUUACGAGGCUCCGCCUGGGAAGCCCGGGAGGUAGACCUUCAGGGGUUUUUCCUUUUCUUUUUUUUUUUUUGGCGAGAGAGCUGGUCCGCAUCGGCAGUGGUUCGGUGAUGGGCCAUGCUAAUACUUAUUAUCACAAGCAUGCACGGAGUCCUCGGACGCUGCUCCAUGACGAUUUACCUAACUUAUACCCCCCAAGAAGCAUAGUUUUUACACGGCGCUGCAUUCUCGUGAGAGAGUCUUAAGCAAGCAUUUCAGAGGGCCAAACGGAGCUGUAUCUAUCUGCCUAUCCGCUUCGUCCGGGCUCUCCGGCCGGAGAUCGGUGCGGAUUCCCGGCCUAGAAACCCGGUGUUCGUUCUAUCCUAGCGGAGAGUCUCCCUGUAUUAUAUAGAAUGGCCAAUUUUGUUAUUGUAUUAGUUAUUUAUAUAACCUACCUACCUUGUAAUAAUAGCAUAUUCGCCAGGAGCUGGCAGCACUGAUGUACAUACAUAUACACGCAGUUGUGAAGUGUGAGGAAGUUGAUGCUUUAACUCCCCCGAUACCUACAUAUCUCUUGCAUAUUGCUUGCUCCAGCAUCCCCAUGCAUGCAUGUAUCCAGUAUAUUACGUGACGGCCGGCAGAAGCUCGGGUGUUGGAGCGGUCCUUGCCAGGUGUGACCAGGCA